CUCCGCGAGCUUCUCGCACGAGUUCACGCGAUUCACACCCGCGAUAUUCCUCGGGGAAGUCUUCCACACAUGGGCUACACUCAGGCACACGUACUUAGGGCCCGUGAAGAAUAAUGACCGAUAGACGAACUUAGCACUUCAUCGCCGGACCGUUUCACGCACGCAACCACAUCGCUGGCCGCGGCUAGCUUUUACCGACCUCGCAGCAGAAACUUUACAUGCUCGUGUCUUGAUUGCACGCGGCGAAAUGGAACGGAAAGCGAUAAUAGCAUGGAAUGACCAAGGCAUCUCAUUGGUUUUGUAUUUUUUCGUCACGUCGAUUAUCUUCGCUGCGGCGUACGAUCCAGAUGACAAGUCCCUGAAAGAUAUUCUUUUGCCUGAGGGUCAAUUCGAGGCGUUUUAUUUGAAAGGCACGCAAGAUGAGGAACAGAAUGCCGUGAGACCGCCUCAUCUUCACGGGUCUUUUCAUCAGUAUCGAAAUCCUGCGUUGGUUGGUGUACCGAAUAGCGCUGCCUAUGGAUUUCGCUUCGACGGGAAACGCCGCUUCAAUUUCAGUUGAAUUGAAACAAAUCAACAAUGGCGGUCUUAUUAAAAACUCUAGCAACAUUAAUUGACGUUCUCAUUCUUUGAAGUCUAGAGUUAAAAUUUUGAUCCUACUUUCGAUUUCAUUUAACACCUAAUUUCAAAGCUUGAAACCUACAUCAACCUCUUUUGAUUGUAUUUAAUUUAUUAGUUUUGAGUCCCUUUUUAGAACUUACCUUUUGUACGUUCUUUGUCAUUUAGAAGUAGGAUUUCAAUUUCCAUGUAUAUUAAACAUAUAGAGUAAAAUUUAUCAAGCGUACCUGUCUAAAAUUUUCUUAUCUUCAAUUUUAUUAAAAUUCUAUCUCAAGAUUGAUCUAUCUCAAGAUAGAACUUCUUUUCUAGAAUGCUUAAAUCGAUCCAUGACAAUCGAAAAAUGGAAAUAAAAUUGAAUUUAUAUCAGAUAGAAAAAGAAAAAAAAAUUUAUCAAGUAUUAUUAGAAUCAAGCUGAUAUAGUAGCAUACUUAGUAGCGCUGCGGCUAGUGGGUGAGCAGCACUUGCGCCCGUGCGCGACGUUCUGUAACUCAACCAAUAUUUUUCGUCCUACUUUUGUUUUUACAUGAUUUUCAAGAGGAAAAAAUCAAGAUUUUUAAUCCACUUAAAAAAAAAUCAAAAGGGUCACAUUUUGAAAAAGUUCCACAAAAUUAUAUAAACUGAAAAUUAAGGUAAAAUUUUUUUUGUUACAAAAUAAUUAUUUUUAUUUUGAACUUUAUUAAAAGACCUUUCUAAAAUCUCUUAAAAGUCAUUUACAUUAAGUAAGUGUAAUAGGAGUUGCAUACAUGUGAAAAUGAGCGGCCGAGGAAAAACGUCAAGAAAUCGAGUUCUUGUAAAAUCUUGAUAACACGUUGCACUAGCUGUAUUUCCUUUGCAGGAUUCAAAAAUGUCCACUAGCAUUAUUAUCUAGAGUUUUCAAUAAAAUUGGAGACAAAAAAUUUUAAGCGGGUAUACUUGGCAAAUUUUACUUAUAUACUGAUUUUGCAGAAUAUACUGAUGUUAGAAAAUUCAAGUCAAAAGGUGGGGCUAAAAUUUUGACUCGGAAGAAUUACGUUAGUUAUCGUUGAAACGCGGAACUAGAAAUAUAUAGAUACUUGGUGAUUAGCGGUUAGUAAUUAGCGAUUAACGGUUAGCAUCAUUUUCUACAAUAAAACGUAUGCAAUCUGAGAGUGUUAAUACACAAUAAAAUUUCGAAUUAGAUAAGUGUUGGAAUUUUCCUAAUGAAAAGAGAAAAUUGUAAAGGUUUAGUUUUUCGGAGCAAUAAGUAUGGACGUGAUCGAUGUAUUCUCGAAUGUAUGUUUUAAGAUAAUAAAAAAUAUAUAUUAAA